AUGGGUGCAAAUCAUUCAGUGAUUCGUGUGAUUUCUGGCUGCCCAUGGAUAAAACCGGGCAUUGUUGAGAGUGAAAUCGAAGAUAUCCUUGCAUUUGGCGCUUCAACAGAAACAAAUGAAGAACUUUUGCAAAAUCUUAAGAAGAAGAUAUGCAAAAUACCUUCAGUUGAGAAUUGCACAUUCGAAUAUCAACCAAGAAGAUUCUUCAGACCACGAACAGUAACAAUGAAUAUUGAUCCAAAAGAAGAAGGACCUUCAUUACAAAUUGUAUCUGGUCCUAAACAUCAAUUUGGAAUGGGACUAGCACUAGAUUAUAUUGGACAUCCUUCAUCGGCUCAAUUCUCCCUUUCAUAUGCUCCAUUUUUCGGAAAAGUCAUUUCACUUGGCGUAAAAUACCCAUUGAUGAAUAUGACUAAUCUCAAAGAAAAUACCCCUGUUCCAUUACUUCAUUUCAUUGCUCAAAUGUACACAAAAGAGAUCAAUAAUAUAGGUUAUCCAACAAUUACUGUUAAAACGAAAUAUAUUCCAUAUGUAAAGUCAUUUAUACCAAGUGUAUACUUCACAAAUAGGAGUUACACCCCAAAACUUAAUUCAACUUACACUUGGGAUUUUGAAAGAUACUUCAAAGACCCUGAGAACUAUAAUGUACUCGGAAUUAAGCUUGCACAUAAAACAACAUUCGAUAAUCUCGAGAUUUAUGGUACUGAUAAGAACGUAAUCUUAAAUAUUCGCAAUGUUUCAAAAUUAUUUGCAAUUCAAGACUCACGCAGAACAUAUCCAGCAUUAAAAUACAUCGGAAAGAUACAUUUCAAGCUUCCUCCUAACCUUUCUUUAAGAGGAGAAGCUGGAUCAGUUAUUUCUCCACAAGCCUUGCCUUAUCCUGAGCGAUUCCAUCUCUCUCAAUCUAAAACUACAAGAAGUCUCGUUCCUCAGAAGUUUUCUCCUAAAUUUGGCCAUACUUACACAGGUAUUGAACAUUAUUUAGCUUUCACAGAAGAAUUCAGGUUCUAUAACAAAAAUACUACAUUAUCUGUAUUCAAUACGAAUGCUUUCGGUGCUACUUUCUGCAGAACUAAUCCUGCAGAGAGACUUCCGGCUUUUGUCCAAAUGGGAAGCAUCGGAAUUUCAGCAGGAGUUCGUAUUAAACCAUACGAUAUCGAAUUCGUUUGGUCAACUGCUUACACCAAGUCAGAACAUGUUCCUCAUCAUUCUUUCACAACAGUCAUCACAAACAUAGAUUAA